AUGAUGGAUGGCCAAGGAAGCUCCCGGAUAAGGGAAAAAUACCAUCCAGAGACAAUAAUUUCGACCGGCCUCAGUGUUAUAUACGUACCGGAGACCGAUGCUGCAAUAGUCGACAUUAUCAUGGUUCAUGGUCUGAAAGGCCACCCAUAUAAAACAUGGCGAUGCAAGCAAACUCCAGAAAAUGAGGAUAAGCUAUCCAUAAACCCUGACAAAGAGGCACCAAAGUCGAGCACUUCCAAACGACUCGAGCUUAGACAAAGUAUCAAGGCGUUCUUGAAAGGCUCGUCGAGCAACAGACAGGACAGUAGUCUCACCGAUUCAACGUUUACCAAUACUUUAGCUUUAGAAACUGGCGACGGGUCUGUUUUCUGGCCUGCCGAUUUACUCCCGCAAAUCUGCAAGAAGGCUCGAAUUUUGACAUUCGGUUAUGAUACCAAGAUCACCAAGUUUACCUCGGGGCCGACCAACACAAACAGUAUCUUCUCACAUGGGAAAGACUUUUUGUUCUCUUUAGCGCGUGAAUGCGUGCCGGACCGCCCUAUCAUAUUCGUUGCUCACAGCCUUGGUGGAAUAUUGGUGAAGGAGAUGCUAGCACUGUCGUCAAAUUCAGACAACCCAACGCAAAAGGCUGUCGUUCAAUCAACUGCAGCUGUCAUAUUCCUUGGUACACCCCACCGAGGAAGUCCUGAAUUGUCAGCUAUUGGUGAAUGGGCAAGGUCAAUGCUUAGCAGUCUGAAGUUUCAAACAACAUCGACAAUCUUGGACAGUCUAGGCCUAAAAACAACUGAUUUAGAACGCGCCCAUGAAGCGUUCUGCAGACUCUGGCACCAGUAUGACUUCCAGGUGAAGACGUUCCAAGAAAGUUUUGGUCUUACCGGCAUUGAUCUGGGCGUCUUGGGAAAUAAGGUCGUGCCUCAUGAGUCUUCCUUGAUCGGAGAUCCGAGGGAACAUGCAGAGACUCUGCAGGCCAAUCACAAGCAGAUGAGUCGAUUCAGCGGUGCUCAAGAUCCAAACUACAUCAAAGUUGCUGGGGAGAUCAAGACGUUCUAUACGGCAAUUGAGAAUGCUCGUACUGACAAGCGAUCUUCUAUGAAUAUAAGAGAAGGCAACAAUAACGAGCUCUUACAUAAAGGAGGCGUUCCGGAGGUUCUAGACCAGAAAAUAUUUGAGGAGCUUCUCACAGCACUGCGCUUUGAUGGGAUGAAUGCUAGGCGAGAGGCUAUCCUGGCCCCGGCCAUAGAUACGGGAAACUGGCUCUUCCGAGACCCAAAAUUCCGUCUUUGGACCACUGCAACUGACCGAAGUGAGAGUCUACUCUUCAUUAAAGGGAAACCGGGGGCUGGCAAGUCAACCUUGAUGAAAGAAACUGUGCGGAUGAUGAAGAAUGUCCAAAGACGAGACGGCGACCGUAUUUGUGCAGACUUCUUCGUCGACGCCGGUGGUGAACCUCUACAACGUUGUUCGGCUGGGAUAUUCCGAUCGCUGCUCUAUCAGAUCUUAUCACAGAGCACAAUAUGCAGCGCGGUGACCCAGAUGAGCUUGGAGAGAGACGCUUUGAUCUCUAGCAUUAAGAGUACUGUCGCCAGUACCUUGAUGCCAACAAGAGUGUUGAGUGAGACACUUUUGCAAAAUUUGCUCGUCCAGACGUUUUGGUAUCUAGGGUCUCUCGGUAUACCGGUGUUUAUUUUCGUGGAUGCGCUCGACGAGCUGAGUGUCGAGAUGCAGCGACAGCAAGUUGACUUCUGGAGUAUGCAGCAACAAUUCUUUUCGGGGCCAAGAACAUGUCUGUCCUGUAGAGAAUUUCCAAACAUCACCGUCGAUGGCUGCCUGGAGCUUAGCUUGGGUGCGUACAAGCAGGACGAUAUCCUGAAAUACAUCACACAGCGACUUGGCACACGGAUUUCGAAACAUGAAGAUUCCUGGAGGCAGAAGCUCACGGAAAGGAUUAACUCUCUGUCCUCAGGGGUUUUCCUCUGGGUAGUUUUGGUAGUGGAUGAGGUUCUCCAGAGCUAUGAUAACGGCACCAGUCUGCGUGGGCUCCUCCGGCGCGUCGAAGAAACGCCCUCGGAGCUCAACAAGCUAUACGAAAGGAUGUUACUCUUCAACGCCGCAUAUGAGAAUCGUUUGAUGACUGAAAGGAUGUUUCAAUGGGUACUUGCAGCAAACAGACCACUACGCCUGGAUGAGUGGCAUCACAUUCUCGCUUUUAUCCAACCGUCAAAGCCAGCUUCGCUUUCAAAGUGGCGAAGAUCAGAGUCAUAUACUGAGAACGACCAUCAGCUUGAAAGAAAGAUUAAGACCUUGUCGAGAGGAUUAUUGGAAGUCAGCACCAAGCAACACGAUGUCCUGGCGGAGAAGAAUGGCGAUGUGUCAUCCAUUAAUGGUGGUAUGGGAUCGCUGGACCAUGAAGAGGGAUCAGCUCGUGUCGUGCGCGUUAUCCAUCAGUCUGUUUACGACUUCUUCAUACACAAAGGGGGCUUCCAGAAAUUAGGAUUGGAGAGCGUCAACCCUCUUGCGGACUGCCAUUGCACCAUUGCCAAUACAUGCAUCGAUUACUUGUUCAUCCCUGAGCUGGAUGAAUAUGUCGUUGCCCGACAACGAGUAAACAUGGCUAGUCUAACCAGUGCCUCGUUAUGCUCGGAGGCUCAUCUCGAAGCUGAAGAACCGCCAGAGGUAGAUUAUCAGCGAAACAAUCGGGGGUCUAGACAUGGUUUUGAGGGUUUGAAGACAUUGCGCCCCUGGCAGCCUUCUGAAGUCAUCGAGGACUGGCUUGCCGGAGGUGCUUUAUCGUCAUAUACAGGUACCAUUGCAAAUUCUGCCAAGAACUCUGUCUCGCGUGAGUCUCUUGCCGCCGCUCGAUCGCAGGUUCUAGACGACUACCCAGCGCUACUCGUAUAUGCAAUCACAGAAUUCAUGGUACACAUUGAUCUUGCAGAGUUGGAUCUUAAUCCCACACAGGCAACACGGAGUCUCAUCGCGAGAUUGGGAGAUGACACUAUCUGGAAACGUCUGCGGACCCUACAGCAGGAGAAGCGCGCGCGACAGAGAACCUCCGAGUGGCUUGAAGCGGUGGCACAGAACCGGCUACCUCCUCGUCCAAAGGUGUCUUCGCAUAUCCCAGUCCCGAAAAAUGGCCCUAGAAGUCCAAGAAGCAUCACGAGUUUUAGCUCGGCGAGUAGUUUUAGCCAUCGGAGUUAUGCAUCCCAUGGAAACAAGAAAGACUAA